UUGUAGUUGGCGGGAGAUAGGUCAAAAGUCUGUAUUGUAAAAAUUUUGUUUACAUUUAUAUACAUCAAUUAUUUUUUGUACAAAAUAUAUAUUAAGUUUUAAUAGUAUUUAAUUGAAAACUAAUAAAUUAUUUUUAACCAUGGAUAACGUAAGGGAUAUCGUAAACGCUGCUCAACUACCACGGUUCCUUAAUAAGCGGGUUAGCAUUGUAGGGAACGUCCAAGGAGUCGAUCCUAGUGGCAAAUCUUUCACUUUAAUGACUACCGACGAUGCUACUGUAAAAGUUAACGUAACUCAAAUAACAGGCCCCAUAAGCGGUUGGGUAGAGGUCCAUGGGAUUUCCAGAGGCAAGGAGAUUCUUGCUGACAACUAUAUAAUAUUCAACAACGAAAACUUCGAUUCAAAGAGCUAUAAUGAACUUUGCAAGCUAUUGUAUUCAGUGCCUGAUAUUUGGAAAACCAGUAAUGGCUUUGAUGAUGGGGCAUGAUUAUAUAGUAAUGUUUUUUUAGUUAAGUUUAAUAUUUUUUCAGUUUUACAAAUAAAUUUAAGUUAAAAAGUA